CUAGAGGUUGGAGUCGCUGGCCCAACCUUAAAAUGGCGCUGAUGUUGGCCCGUGUGCAAACCAAAGACACGGACGGGAUUGGCUAAACCCUGCGGCGCAAACUUUUGUGCGCUACCAAAACUCGGCUCGCUCGCGCAUCGAAUCGUUUGGCAGACCGCGAUGCGCACUGACAGCAUGUAUAGACUCCGCUUUGAUCCGUCGGGCUCACUGAAAAAACCCAAGGUUCACGCUAAAGUAUACUGUUACGACGGGAGCUUGGCCGGAAAGUGCUCCUUGCAUUUGUGGCAGACGUGCUUGCUUGCUCGCUCGUGUAAAGCCUGGCGCGGCGCAGGCAAGCCAAGCACACCGACGCACGGACGUACUGUACUUGCCGACUUUGACAGCGCUUUUGUCUGCCCACCAUCACCACCAUGGAGGAGGUGUCGUCCAAGGACUUUCCGCCCGUCUUGCGAGCGUACAAGGACGCUGCGCACCAGCACUCACAUUCAGCAAGGACCAUUGUCGUGUGCCUCGACGGGACCGGCGACGAGUUUGACAACGACAACUCCAACGUCGUCAAGUUCUUUGCCGCUCUUAAAAAGGAUGACCCCACCCAGCUGACCUACUACCAGACGGGCGUGGGCACGUAUGCCGACUCGUACCGCGGGCAGAUUCAGAGUGGGCUCUCGGCGGCGCUCGACAUGGCUGUGGGUGCCUCGCUUGGCGACCACGUCCGUGAGGCCUACUCGUUUCUCAUGCAAAACUAUCGCGAGGGCGACAAGAUCUGCAUCGUUGGCUUCUCCCGCGGUGCAUACACUGCCCGCGCACUGGCCGGCAUGCUCCACAAGGUCGGUCUCCUGCCGGCCCACAACCAGGCCCAGAUCACAUUCGCGUACAAAUGGUACAAGGACGACAGCGCCUACGGAUGGAAGAUGAGCGCCGACUUUAAGCGCACCUUUUCCAUCGACGUCAACGUCUACUUUCUCGGCUGCUGGGACACGGUCGCCAGUGUCGGCUUCAUUCCCCGAAUUCUGCCCUUUGCAAAGACAAACAACGACGCCGUCUGCUACUUUCGACAUGCGCUCGCCCUGGACGAACGACGGGCCAAGUUCAAGGUGAACCACUGGUUCCAACGGGCGAAGCCGCUCAAGAGCAAGAGCGCCGGCGCAAUGGCACUCGACGGCUGCAAGCAGAUGCUUUCAGCCAAUGGCGUGCCUGAAGACGAAGUUCUGGAUCACCGUGCUCCUUCGCGUGCCGACAAGGACGAGGACUUUUUCGACAGGGUUCAUACGCAGCGAGGCCUGGAUGCCCUUGCCCGGAGAUUGUCCACCAAGGAGGAGCACAUCACUAUGCCUCGAGCAUCGUCGCAGUACGCAGCCCUGGGAGACGUCAACCUCAACGCGCUCAACUUUGAGGAAAAGGGAGACGACGACGAGGGACAAAAGGUAAAGCAGGUCGACGACGCACCUCCGAAGCGACGACUGAGCCUGGCACCCGUGCUCCGUCGCGGCUCCGGCGAAGACAAGAGCGGGCCAGCGACGAUCGGACGGCGCAAGAGCCUCUUUGCCGGCGACGGACAGACAAAGGAAAACGAGCAGGCGCUGCUCAUGUCGCAGUUCAACGAGCGCGACCGUCUCGAGUUUGGCCAAGAAGCCCGGCUGCAGGAGACCGAUGUCCUCGAGGUGUGGUUCUGCGGCGCCCAUGCCGACGUGGGCGGAGGCGCGGUGCCAAACGAGACGCGGCACAUGCUUUCGAGGAUCCCGCUCAGGUGGAUGCUCCGACAAGCCUUUGCCUGCAACACGGGCAUGCUCUUCCACUCGGAUGUCCUUGCUGAGCACGGGCUCGACGUCCAAACCCUCUGGCCGGUUCUGCAGCCCCGUCGUCCACCCCAUUGCGAGCCGCCGCCAUCGGCGCUGGAUCGCUUUGCAUCGGGCAGACAGCCACCGCUCGAAGCCCGGCGUAGUUCAUUACGUCGGAACAGCAGUCGCAUGGCUGCCUCGACUGACUGCAAAGGUGCUGCCGCGCUGCGCAAUGCCUUUUUGCCGCCCUCCGAGACCCGCCUCUUCAUCGAAGAGCCUCUGGCCGAAGACGACCUGAGCGGCAGCACGGUGUCCACGCUGCCCACAUUCACCAGCAAGAACACCAGCAAGAACUUUUGGAACGAUCCAAACAUCCUUCCCGAGUUCUACGAGGACCACUUUGACUGCCAGGCCGACAUCAACGACCAGCUCCAGCAGUCCCGUCCCUGGUGGAUCCUCGAAGCCUGGCCGGUCAAGUACAGGAAGAAGUCUGCAGGGGGCCAGUGGAUCAAAAAGGUGGGGCCCAACCUUGGCCGCCACCGCACCGUGCGAGAAAAGUACCCCAAGAUGCACUGGACCGUGGCCGAGCGGAUGCGUACGCUCGGCUACGACAUUCGCUGCGAAAAAGACGACGAGGCGGUGUGGGAGAUUGAGGUGUGA